GGAAUAAAGGCAUGGCAAUGCUUGACAUUUUGUCUUCAUGGUGUGAAGCAAACUAAGGCAAAAGCUUCAGAUUUUCUCACAACUUUUCUUCCCAUGACCUUCUUUCCUCCUUGUGCUUUUCCUUAACCUCAAUUUAUAAGUCUCUUUCCCUUCCUUCUUCACCAUCUUUCUCAAAUAUUCUCUAUCUCGUCUCGUUUCUUUCUGUUCUUCAAUGGAGGGUGCAAUCCACAGCACCAAAAACCAAAAAAUAACUGUUGAACAGAAGAACCAAGAACACCCAAGUAAAUUCUAUAACCGUUUUCUCUACAAAGCUGCCAUAGUUGUCUUCUUCUUUGUUAUUCUUCCUCUGUUUCCUUCAAAAGCUCCUGAAUUCAUCCACCAAUCUAUAUUCACAAGAAACUGGGAACUACUCCACCUUAUUUUCGUUGGUAUUGCUAUCUCUUACGGGCUGUUUAGUCGUAGAAACGAUGAAACAGAGAAAGAGAAUAGCUCAAAGUUCGAUAAUGCACAAUCACUUGUUUCUAGGUUCCUACAAGUGUCAUCAUUUUUCGAGGAUGAAGCUGAAAACCCUACUGCGUUUGACGAACCCAAAGUUCAAACAUGGAGUAAUCAACACCACAGGAAUGAGCCCGUAGUUGUUGUAGCUCCAGAGCCACAGAACUCUGAUUUUGAUGACCAUGGUGAAAAUGAAAAGCCUUUGCUUUUACCAGUUCGAAGUUUGAAGUCUCGUUUCUCAAGCAAUUUGAAUAGAGCUAGAAAUGAAGAACUUGAAGGUUCUGAUAGUCCAAGAGUUGAGGAGAACGUUGUGCUUCAUUCACCAAUUCCAUGGCGAUCGAGGUCAGGAAGGAUGGAACCUAAACAAGAAGUUGACACCCUUUCACAACAACCUUCAAAGCCUUCAAUGGAGGAAUCUCGUGCCUUGAAGUCUCAAACUUCACGUUCCAUAUCUCCUUCACCUGCGUUUUCAUCAGAAUCACUUGUUAAGAACACAGAGGAUUUGAUUAGGAAGAAGUGCUCUUACAAGUCUUGUCCUCCUCCACCUCCACCACCCCCACCAGUUCUGUUUCAGAAAUCAAUGUCCAUGAAUCCAAGGUAUGGUUCAUUCAAUGAACAAACUUCAUUUGUUAAGGAGUUGAAGCGAAGCUUCACAAGUGAGAGAAAUAGCAUGAAAUGGGAUAGUGGGGAUAAGGUGAUGAUGGGAAAAAUUGAAUCAGGAAUAGAAGUGAAGCCAAGAGGCUAUGCUGAUGAAGAAGAAAAUGAAGAAAAUUUCAUGGGGCAUGCAAGUGUGCUUCCAGCUUCAAUGGAAUUUGUAGAUAAAGAGAAAGAAAGCUUUUUUGACAAGGUGAUUGUAGAAUCUGAUGAUGAAGAUACAGAAACAGAGGAUGAAGAUGUUGGAGGAGGAAGAAUCAGUGAGAAUGACAAUAAGGAAAGUUCACCUAUUGUAGAAAGUUUGAAAACAGAUGAAGGACCAGAUGUUGAUAAGAAGGCUGAUGAAUUCAUCGCCAAAUUUAGAGAGCAAAUAAGGCUUCAGAGAAUUGAGUCUAUCAAGAGGAGUACACGGAUUACAAGAAACUCUUCAAGGUAAUCUUGAAGAUCCUUCUGUAUUACGUUAUUUAAAUGAUGGGAUGUAAUUGAAGUGGAUGUUUUAUUUCCACGGUUUCAAGGUUGUAAUUGGGUUCGUGUCCUAUUAAUUU